CCAUUUGGUUCGGGAGCAGUGGUUACAAAAAGAGGAACGAUUACUGACUCCCAGCACUAUUAAAUAACGAUAGUGAUUACAUAGCAUAACGAGCACAACGCGCACAGUAACGCACUUGCACAGACGGGCCAAAUCCAAGACCGAAGAUAAGUUCAAAGUUCGCUGACUUAAUCGAGGUUUACCCCCCCUCCCCCAAAAUGUACUGGCUGAAUCCUUUCUAUGUAUGAAAGUGCGCGUACGGUAUCCUGUUCCAAACGACCUAAGAUACUCAGUGGAAAGGAACCCACACUGGUGGAGACGCAAGCGAUGUCGUUCGAAUGUUGCGCGUGCUUUAGGUUGUGAGCACAAACUUGGAUUACUGCAGUUUUCCCCACUUUGCGCUACGGGGACGUUUGAACAGUCAUUUUAAUCGGUCGUUUCACUGCAUCUACCCUACCAGAUGAUCUGGAACAGUUGGUUACUUAACUUGCUGUCCCCUGCAGAUGAAUAGAGUCCCGGCUCCAGGCCUGUGCAGAAGAGAGCACAGCUCCGCCUAUGGCUCCAGCAGCAUCGCUCCGGCCCGCCCCUCGACUGCUCCACCAGCUCCGCCUCCUGGGCGCCCUGCUCCUGCUGGCCGGGGGCGUGGCCAGCAGCAGCUACCCCGCCCAGCCGUCACCGUCGCCAUGUCACCGGGUCGAGCAUCCAGUCUUCUCCCACACAGAAAUUGAGCCGUGGAUCCAUAGGUUCAGAGCCGAGGGCACGACUGAUUACUCACAGCUGACCUUUGACCCUGGCCAGAAGGAGCUGAUUGUGGGAGCUAGAAAUCACCUCUUCAGGCUAUAUCUGGAGGACCUGUCACUGAUUCAGGGGGAGCAUUGGCAGAGUGAUGAGUUUACUAAAGCUGCCUGUUUCAGUCGUGGCAAGUCUGAGGAGGAGUGCCAGAACUACAUCCGUGUCCUUCUUGUUAAAGGCGACAGGUUGUUCACCUGUGGAACUAACGCAUUCACUCCUAUUUGCACAAAUCGCACGCUGACCAACCUGACGCAGGUCCACGAGCAGAUCAGCGGCAUGGCCCGCUGUCCCUACAGCCCCCGCCACAACUCCACCGUGCUCCUGACCGCCAGCGGCGAGCUGUACGCCGCCACCGCCAUGGACUUCUCCGGCCGCGACCCCGCCAUCUACCGCAGCCUGGGGGGCCUGCCCCCCCUGCGCACCGCCCAGUAUAACUCCAAGUGGCUGAAUGAGCCGAACUUCGUGUCCUCCUACGACAUCGGCAACUUCACCUACUUCCUGUUCCGGGAGAACGCGGUGGAGCAGGACUGCGGGCGGACGGUGUUCUCGCGCGUGGCCCGCGUGUGCAAGAACGACGUCGGGGGCCGCUUCCUGCUGGAGGACACCUGGACCACCUUCAUGAAGGCGCGGCUCAACUGCUCCCGCCCGGGCGACGUUCCCUUCUACUACAGCGAGCUGCAGGGCACCUUCCUCCUGCCCCGGCAGGAGCUGCUCUACACCAUCUUCACCACCAAUGUGAACAGUGUUGCGGCUUCAGCUGUCUGUGUGUUCAACCUGAGCGCCAUCAACCAGGUGUUCCGGGGGCCCUUCAGGUACCAGGAGAACUCCCGUUCGGCCUGGCUGCCCUACCCCAACCCCAACCCCGACUUCCAGUGUGGCACCAUAGAUUACGGCUCCUACAUCAAUCUGACUGAGAGGAACCUGCAGGAUGCCCAGAAGUUCCUCCUGAUGCACGAGGUGGUGCAGCCGGCCACGCCCACGCCGCGCUACCUGGAGGACAGCGUGCGCUUCUCUCACAUGGUGGUGGACGUGGUGCAGGGUAGAGACAAGGUCUUCCACGUCAUCUACCUGGCAACAGAUCACGGAACCAUUAGGAAGGUCCUGGCUCCGCUGAACCGGUCUCUUAGCAGCUGUGUGCUGGACGAGAUCGAGCUCUUCCCCCCGAGGAAGUCUCAGCCAAUCAGAAGCCUCCUGAUCCAGCCCAAACGCAGCGUUCUGUUUGUGGGGGUCCAGGAUCAGGUGAUCAGGGUCCAGCUGAAGCGCUGCGGCUUCCACAAGACGAGAGAGGCAUGUGUGGAGGCCAGAGAUCCCUAUUGCGGUUGGGAUCUGGGACAGAAGAGGUGCACCACCUUGGAUGAGAAUCAUAGCAUUAGCCAAUGGGAGCAGAGCAUCACGGAGUGUCCUAGGAAGAAUGUGACCGUGGAUGGAAGGUUCGGGCUGUGGUCUGGGUGGCGGUCCUGUAGUCAUAGCGACGAGGGCGUGGCUGGGUCCUGCCUGUGCAGAACCCGGUCCUGCGACAGCCCCAGUCCGCAGUGCGGCGGUCGGACCUGCACGGGUUUGAGCGUCGAAGUCACCAACUGCUCCAGAAAUGGCGCCUGGACUCUGUGGUCGCCCUGGGCGCCCUGCAGCACGAGCUGCGGCAUCGGCUUCCAGGUCCGCCAGCGCGCCUGCAGCAGCCCCGCCCCUCUCCACGGGGGACGAGUGUGCGUGGGCCAGAGCCGCGAGGAGAGGUACUGCAACGAGCACCUUCCCUGCCCUCCGCACGUUUACUGGUCAGGCUGGUCGCCAUGGGAACGCUGUUCGGUGCCCUGUGGAGGAGGGGUGCAGUCGCGGCGUCGGGCCUGUGAGAAUGGGAACGAGUGUCCCGGCUGUGGCCUGGAGUUCCAGUCCUGUAACAGUUUCCCCUGCCCGGACCUGAAGAAGACCACGCCCUGGACUCCCUGGGCUCCAGUGAACAUCUCUGACCACGGCGGCCAUUACGAGCAGCGUUUCCGCUACACCUGCAAGGCCAGUGUGCCGGACCCUUCCCUGCUGGAGGUGGGCCGCCAGAGGAUUGAGAUGCGCUACUGUUCCAACGACGGGUCCACAGGAUGCUCUACUGAUGGAGACCUCCUGCGGUCCAGCCGGAUCACGUCCCCCAUGGUCAACGGCGGGUGGUCACCCUGGGGCUCCUGGGCCCAGUGCAGCCGGGACUGCGGGCGUGGCAUUCGGAACCGAAAACGCGUCUGCAGCAGCCCCGAGGCCAGAUACGGGGGUAUUCCCUGCCUGGGGCCGGCUCUGGAGUACCAGGAGUGCAACAUCAAUCCCUGCCCAGUGGAUGGUGGCUGGUCGUGCUGGUCUCCCUGGUCUAGGUGCUCCCUGCCGUGUGGAGGGGGACACUACACGCGCACACGGACCUGCAGCAGCCCCCCUGCUGCCUACGGUGGAGACAUCUGCCUGGGUCUGCACACUGAGGAAGCCCUGUGCAACACCCAGCCCUGUCCAGAGAGCUGGUCGCCAUGGUCACGCUGGUCCCAGUGUGAGCCCACUGGCGUGCAGGUCCGUGUUCGCCACUGCAACAUCCUCUUCCCCACUGGCAGCCAGUGCACAGGGAACAGCACAGAGACCCGGGCCUGCACCUACGACUCCAACCUGAUCCCAGAAUCCAUUGCACAGUCCAGUCUGGAAAAGAGACGAUGUGAAGCUGAUUUUAACUGGUUCCACAUGCUGGCCGUGGGUCUGAGUAGCAGCAUCCUGGGCUGUCUGUCCACCCUGCUGGUCUACACCUACUGCCAGCGCUAUCAGCAGCAAUCCCACGAUGCAACGGUCAUCCACCCCGUGACUGCCACCCCGCUCAACACCAGUGUCACCAACCACAUCAACAAGCUGGAUAAGUAUGACUCUGUGGAGGCCAUGAAGAUUUUCAAUAAAAACAACUUGAUUUUAGAGGAGCGGAAUAAGUACUUCAGUCCCCGCCUGGCCACGAAGACUUACGCUAACGCCUACUUCACAGACCUGAACACCUAUGAUGAUUAGCGUUGGGCUUCCGGUGGUAGGCUGUCCAUCCUGAUGACGUCACCCUCUGUGCUGAGUCAAGGAGCUUUUUCACUCAGUGAUUUGCAUUGACAUUUUCGCCUUUUUCUAUGGACCUCAUUGUGGUUACUUCACUACUAGCCCUCAAACAGAAAAGCUCCAAGCCAGCCAAAGGACAUCAGUGGUUUUUCAGGUGUCUGGGAGAAAACACAAUUUCAGUGACUCUUCUCAGCUCUGAAAAUGCUGCAGUGAAGGCCUGUUGGGGGUAGGAGGGGUGACUUUUUGAAAAAUAUGUUUUUGUUGAAAAUAAAGAGCAAGUAAACACUCUAUCAGUCAGAAACCCUGUGGAGAGAGAGGGUACUGGAUGACUGCAUGACUUCACUGAAUAUGCUGCCUGUUGCCUCAUGUCUGCAUGGUCACUUCAUCCCAAAGGCAUUGGGCCUUUGCUGGGUUCUGAGGGUAAACAGAGAGAGAAAAGAUCUGAAUGAAAAUAAAUUGUCCUUCAAAAAACAAGGGAUAUGCCUAACCUGUGCAAGAAUGUGUUGUCCUUCUAAUUGGUCCCAGCAAGCAUAAUGAAGGCAUGAGUAACCCUGUUCAAGGAUGUGACAUCCCAAUUAAACAUCAUGCAGGGUGAGAGUUAUCAGAGUUACCGGAACCCUACACGCAGCUUGGACUCCAUUGAGUUCGGUAGGGCUGGAGGUAUGAUUAGGGCUUGUUAUGGCAGUAGGGGAAUGGCUACGAAGAUCACAUCUGCUGAAAGGAAGCAUUUUGACGAGACUGCCAUUUCUUCUGGCAGAUCUGUCUGUCUGUCUGCCACCAUUCUUCUGACCAGCAGAGUGUGGACUGAUAUGCGUGCCUGCUGUCCAGGGCUGCCCAUCCGGAGUUAGACAGCUGAGGUGUGGAUGGGCCUCUGGAAAUAUGUAUUCAUGUUUUCUAAAUGCCUUUGUUGGAAAUUGUCAAAAUAUCAUUGUGAAAGUGUGCAGCGAAUCCAUGGUCAACCAUAUGCCUUUGUAGUUUAUUAUUGUUUGGGUUAGCACAGUGCAGCAAAAGGCCCAAAUUCAGUCUAACCCUCCAUGCGCUUUUUGUCUUUAAAUUGGAAUAAUAAACUUGAAUGUUUGUUUGUAAUUUGAAAUAAAAUGUUUUAUUUUUUACUAUUACAGCUGCUGUGAGUUCGGUAGUUUAACAAUAUAAAUAUGGACAUUUAAAAAUAACACCUUAGUUGCAAGUAAAGAUGAGGACACAAUGAUUUGAGGUCACAGUUGAUUGAAUCUGGGCCUAGAUCUUUGGCAGUGUUUCAACCUCAGAACAAAUGCAUGUUCUAUGUUGGCUGGUAACAGUGGACUUCUGUCUCGAUGUGCAAAGAUCAACCAUACCUUAGUGCUAAGAAAAAAUAAUUGAUAAGCAGCACGUGUUUUUUUUAAUACUUUGGGGGGGGAACAAACAUGUUGUUGUCAGAUUUGAUGAGAUAACAUGCAGAUCACUGUCAAUACUCCUUUCUGUGGAGAUGCUUGACAAAAGUUUAAGUGACUUUUUUCUUAACACACUUUGGAAGUGAUUUAGUUUACAUUAUAACUAAUUAACCUUUUGUUUUGGCUCAUCCAACAAAUUAAUGAGAAGCAUUUAUAAAUGACAUUGAUUAUAUAUAAACCUUAAUUGCUUUUAACAUAUUUUGUAAUAAUGUAGUUUGAUUGUGUAUUUAAACAAAGUGUUUGUUUCUUAGAAAAUAAAUAUUAAAUUGUAAGUAUGAAAAACAUGA